GGGUUUCUUACAACGUUKGCUCAACGUUUUCAAGGAAGUUYGAGGGUGUGUGAGUUCUUUCGUGAAUUUCUGUCAAUUUUAUUCAAAAAGUCACCGAGAAAAACUAUAAAAGCAGCCCAAGCUGUUAUGCUAGAGAUUGCUAACGUCAAAGCAGUGUUUCUAGACCACAGUUACUGCAAGGCGGAAUCGUUUAACGUUGAAWUUUCAUCGAUCUUGAAGGAAGAACUAAUCAAAAUGGCUGAUGAUAUGUUGGAUUGGAAAGACAGCAUUGGUGUCGAGUUUGAUCCCCCAGAUGCCACACUUUCAGCUCUUUCACCAUCGCAUAGCGUUGAUAGUGGAUUUGAUAAUGAAAUGAACUUUUUAUCAGAUCUAGAUGGAUUGGAUCUUGAUAUGUUAUUUGGUGCUGAAAUGAAUGCCAAUGUUUCAAACAAAAAAACAGGAACACUCAAGUCAAACGAAUCCAAACGUSGUUCUGUGCCAUCUGCAGCAACGUCCAAACCAACGACUGAGAUAAGUGAAGCAGAAAAAAGCAAAAAGAAUGCUCUGGCUGCUCGUGAAAAUCGUUUGAAGAAGAAAAAGUAUUUGGAGRACAUAGAAAAAGAGCUGGGGGAACUGAGGAAGGAGAACGAAAUGCUGAAAGCGAAGGAUCGACUUCACAACCAAGUGGUAGAAAAUCUGGAACARGAAGUAUCCUAUCUAAAGAAUGUCCUUGCAAACCAGAGUACRUUGUCUACACUUAUGAACAGAUUGGUUUCUACACCAGGAAUUUCCUUCAACCUUGCCUCUMCUGAGGAGCCCAGYACACAAGACCCAACCAGCACAAGUAGAGAACRUCUUAGUGUUAGUGCAGAUGAWGCCAGUGAUGCUGAUGAUAGUCACAAACCCAAGACACAGUCAGCUGAAGGUAAAGUAGACAGGUUUGUUCAGCCAAGAUAUCCAACUCGUGGAGCAAAGAGAAGUGCCACAACAGAAUCAGUAACAACUGAGAGAAAGAAAACUCGUCAGGAUGUAAAGGGUGGYGUUUGUCUUCAUGUUGGACAAGACAUGGUCUCCUUGACAUUUUGUAGCCAGUGCAGUCGCAAUGUCAGUGGUGGAAAAUAACAUCUUAAAAUGUCUGCAAUAUCAGUGUAUAGUAUACAUUAUUGUACAAUACCUUGUGUAGGUAUUACAAGUGAAUUGGAAUAUGCACAAAUGAUGCACAUAAAACAACACUGAACCAGAAGAAAAAGACAAAAUAUCAGUAAAACAACAUUUGAGGAGUUACACUAUAGGUUAUAUUGCCUUUGGAACGGCCUGCACUCGUCGUUUUUUCUUUUUACCUUUCAGGUUCCAGAUGAAUAGAAGAUGAUAACACACAGAAGAUCAUUACUAACACCAAGAAACAGAACUAUUUGAACUCAGGUCAACAUGAACUAUAUGUUGUUUGCAAAACUUGGAUGUUAAUCUGUCUUCAUAGGUAAUGUCAAGUUUAUGUGUGCUGGGAUGUAUGGAAACUGAAAACCAAAGUAUGAAAGGUUAAAACUAUUAUUCCUGAGUUUCUGUUCUUGUGGCAUCCAURAUGGAUUAUGAAAGAAUAUCUUUUGAGUAUCAUUUGACAAUUAAAAUAAGGAGAACAAUCAAAAUGCUGUCUACCACUAACAAUUGUAAUGCAACUAAUGAAAGCUAGAAACUAUCUUUUAUAUAUUACUAGCAGCUAUGAAGGCUACAGUUUCAUGAAUUACAAUUUUCAAAAGGAAUGUAUUAGGUCAUCAGCAUACUUUUGCCACAACAUUUUUGCAAACUUCUGCUUAUGGCAUGAAUUUAGUAAAAAAAAGAUCACCAGUUACCUGAGGUGCUUCAAAGUUUGGCCUCCACCAGUUGCACAAACAAUCUUCUACAAUCCAGUCGGGCUCGGGUCCUUGUUCUGGUUUACUAAGAAUCUGUACAAGACAAGUUAACUGCAUUGUAAUACCAAUAUAUUCAAUGAAAACACUGAGCAGUACUGCAAAAGAACUAAUAUAAUAUAAAAUACA